AUGGAAUCUCAUUCUACCCAAGCCUCUAGACCUCUUUUAAAUUCUAAGCAAAAGCCACCUUCUUAUCAAAGUGUUGAGAGUACUGAAGAAAAACAUUUGACACAAUGGGAACUAAUUAACAUGACCAUUUGCUUUGCUGGUCUACAAUUUGCAUGUAACUAUGGAACACCGUAUUUGGUAUCAUUAGGAUUGUCGCCUGAGCUUAUAGCUCUUGUCUGGUUUGCAGGACCUCUUUCUGGGUUUAUAAUACAACCACUUGUGGGAGCAUUUAGUGACAAAUGCACAUCUAGGAUAGGUCGAAGAAGACCGUUCAUUAUUAUUGGGGGAAUACUGGUUUGCUUAUCAAUGGUCUCAAUCGCUUAUUCAAGAGAAUGGGCCGCGAUCCUACUUGGCAAAAAAAUAUCGAAAGCUCCAUUAGAUGAUGAUGACAUUAGAAGAAUGGCAAUUAUUAUUGCUGUCAUUGGCUUUUAUUGUUUAGAUUUUUCUUUAAAUGCAGUUCAAGCUUCUAUACGUGCUUUGGUUCUGGACAUCCCUCCUGUACAUCAGCAAGAAGCUGGUAAUGCUUGGGCUGGUAGAAUGUUACAUAUGGGAAAUAUUGCUGGAUAUUUCACUGGAUUUUUAGAUUUAUUAGUCUUGUUUCCGUUCUUAGGAGACAAUCAACUUCAAGUUUUAUGUUUAAUUGCAUGUAUAGUGUUUACACUAUCAUUGCUUUAUACAUGUUUAACUGUCAAAGAAAAAGUAUACGAACCUGUAGAAAAUGAUUCAAGAGCAAUUAGAUAUCUUCCAUCACCUAUUCAAAAAAUUUGCAAUGUUCAAUUCUUUUCUUGGAUGGGUUGGUUCCCAUUUUUGUUUUUCAGUUGGAUAGCGUCUGUAUAUGCAAGAACUCAUUCAACCAAUGAUCCUGAUUUCUUUGAUAAGUCAACUCGAUAUGGUUCAUUUGCGUUGUUAAUGUAUUCAUGGAUUUCUUUUGUGGCCGGUUCUCUUAUUCCGCAAAUUACUCCAACCUCUUCUUCGAGUAGAAACCCUUUCACCAUUUACAACAUUUAUACUAUCUCUCACAUUUUCUUUGCUUUGAUAGCCUGGUGCACUUUAUUUGUGAACACUGUCGAACAAUCAAUUUGCCUUAUAGGUAGUUUUGGUAUUCCAUGGGCUAUUUCAAUGUGGGUACCAUUUGCUAUGGUUGGUGAAUAUGUCCAGCAAGAAGAUGAAAACCAAAUACAAGAAAAUACUGAAGUUAGACCAUUAAAUAACAAUGAUAUUGAACAAGAUACUAGUAUGAAUUUAGAACUUUCUUCAACAUCAUCUGCUGCUCCCACUUCGCCAACUGAGGGUGAAGGUGAAAAAUUUGCUGCAGGGAUGAUAUUGGGUGUGCAUAAUUUGUAUAUCGUAUUGCCUCAAUUAGUCGUAUCUCUAUCCAGUUCUGUAAUUAUCAAACUGGUAAACGAUUUUUCACAUAAAGAUAAUAUAGAAAAUAGUGAUGCAUUUGGUUGGGUUUUUAGAUUUGGUGGUAUAAUGGCUAUAAUAGCCGCAAUAUUAUCUCGAUAUCUUGAUGACUUACAUAUUGUUCGUAGGUGA